AUGCUAAACGAACUGGAGUGUGUAUGGACGGCACUUUUUGGUGAAUGUGUCACUCCAGGAUUGCGGCACAAUGAGCAUAUCCUGAACUCAUCCAUCGCAUCUGAGUUAGCGCCCGCAGACAACGAUGGAAUUCCAUCGCGUAACGAGGACGCGAAGCUUUACAGUCUCAAGAGGGUACUGCAAGUGGCACUGGACAACGCCGACCCGGAGCUGACCGACGUCGCGGUCGAGGCGGUCUUCAAGGCGCGAGAAGAGCUGGUGAACGUGUUCAAAGAUGUCGCACAAGAUCAAGGAUUUCACGAAACGUUAAGGGACGCCAUAAAACUGAUCACCAUUGACGCGUUGAACCGCAAAGUAAAGGAACGCAACCCGGACCCCGCGCCUUCUAUGACCGACGUCGGGAACGUAAAAGCAGUCCGGGGAUACUUCGAAAAAGCCACGGAAAUUAAGCAACUUUUAAAAAAUAUAAAAGCAUUGGACUCGGAUAUCGCACGCGUGCAGCGCGACAUUCAACAGGUGACGGACCUUCCGGGCUAUCUAAUAAACAUACAGGAUCGCGCAACGCUGGAAAGGGUGGAAGAAUAUAUGAACGCUUUUCGCGAUAGGGAGUGA